AUGAACGCUCUGGGCGGCACAACGACAACCCCACAAGUCGAAGCUGAAGACGAUGAACAGGAUCUGGACGAUGUCGAUGAUGCCUCGACAAUUGUACCCCCGUCCCCGCUGAAUUCUCGCCGAAAUUCGCUUGCGCAUCAUGGUUCGCACAACAGCGGAAGUAAGCGGGACAAAACAGGCGAUGCUAUCAUUGCCAACCGUCACCAACGACGAGGAAGAAGAGAAGGAGAGAAACCUCCCGAGGAUGAAGAGUCAGAGUCGGAGUCAGGGUCAGCGGCCGAGAACGAGGCCGAAAAAACAUCAGCGCAAUUACCAUCGUCAAAAUUAUCUCCGCGCGUCGCCGUCAUACUCGGCGUCGAUCAGCUUUUGCGCAUCAGACCUGGCAUGUGGCGUGAGGGUUGGGUGGCUAUCAUCGUGAGCAGUGCAGCAGCGGAUUGGGAUGUGGAGAGGAGAUUUCGAGUCACAGAGGUCGCUUUGGCUAUUAUGUGGUGCUGCGCAUCAGCGUAUCUUUCCUACUUUUUCAUGGACUGUAUGAUGUCUCGAUGGCUCCUCAACUACAGCCCCCCCGCAGUCUUGAUUCGUCUUUUGGCCACAAACGGUCUUUUUGCCUACCUCACAUCUUCCGUUCUAUUCCUUUCUGGCGCCUCUUCCGAUCCACGGUUAUUAUUACCUGCUUGGAUUUCGAUAACCACUACACUAACAUUCCUCUACCACGCAACGCAAAACCACGCCAUGAUCAAACGCGAAACAACCGCUUCUCUUUCUGUCCUGUCAGUAGCGAGCUACAUCAGCAUGUCCCUAAUCCUUCUGCAAAUGCACUUGACACGAGAUAAUGAGCCGGAGGUGCCGGCUUUUGUCAUGGGUCAGAAGGUUUUGGAUUGGAUAGCGGCUGCUACAUCUACUACUAUAUCUUCUUCUUCUACUACUACUACUACGCUUGUGCCGGCGCAAGGGACGGGGGCCUAA